AUGCGACGCCUUUCAAUGCCAAUGAUCCAACUGUUGGUGUCGCUUCUGGCACUUUGGACUACAGUUUACAGUCAACCGUAUGAAGCUUACCCGAUAGAUAAACAAUACCCACCAGUGGCGAGAGUCGGUGAACAAUUCGAAUUCCAGAUUUCCAAUGAUACAUUUAGGUCGUCAGCUGGUGAUAGCUCUCAAAUCGCGUAUGACGCGUAUGAACUCCCUAGCUGGCUUUCCUUUGACUCAGCUAGCAGGGUAUUUUCUGGUAAAGCAGACUCGAGUGCGUUAGAUGAAGACGACUUGUACUUUGAUUUCAUCUUAGAAGGUACUGAUGCUUCUGACAAUGAAAGUCUCAAUAAAACGUAUCAGUUGGUGCUGACCAAACGUUCGAGUAUCGAAGUUGCUGACAAUUUCAAUCUGCUAGCCUUAUUGAAAAACUAUGGUUCCACUAAUGGUAAAGAUGGACUCAUCUUGACUCCUGAUGAGAUUUUCAAUGUCACAUUUGAAAGAUCGACGUUCACAAGCGACCACUCAGUCGUUGCAUACUACGGCCGUUCUCAAGUAUAUAAUGCUCCUUUACCAAACUGGUUGUCAUUUGACCCAAAUAAUUUGAAAUUCAGUGGUACAGCUCCAGUGGUCAAUUCCAACAUUGCUCCGCAAGUAUCUUAUGGAUUUGUCUUGACAGCCACCGAUUUCGAGGGAUAUUCAGGCGUCAGUGUGCCCUUCAACCUGGUGAUCGGUGCGCAUGAGUUGACUACAUCCAUUCAGAAUAGGUUGCUCAUCAAUGUCACAAGUUCCGGUGAUUUUACCUAUCAAUUACCUUUGAAUUACGUCUACUUUGAUAACGAUCCCAUUCAAUCAGACAAGCUGGGUUCGAUCGAAAUGGUGAAUGCGCCAUCCUGGGUGAAGCUCGAUAAUGACACAUUGUCAGGCACAAUGCCAAUGGACAGCUCAUCGGAAAACUCAGCCAACUUCUCGGUGGCAGUUUAUGAUACUUACGACGAUGUUAUCUACUUAAAUCUUAUGAUCGAGGCUACAAGCGAUCUUUUUGCUGUUACUACACUUCCCAACAUCAACGCUACCCGCGGUGAAUGGUUCCAGUACAGUUUCCUACCCUCCCAAUUCACAGAUUACUCACAAACAAAUGUCUCCGUCAAUUACUCCAAUGCGUCGCAAUCUCACGACUGGAUCCAUUUCGUGUCUUCCAAUAUGACUUUACAUGGUCUAGUCCCCGAUGACUUCCAGUCAUUGGCCAUGCAACUGGUAGCGAGCAGAGAUUCGAAAUCGCAAGACUUGGACUUUCAAAUCAUUGGUAUGGACUCUAAGGUGAACAGCAGUAACCAUACUAAUAGUACAACAACGUCGUCUAGCUCUUUGACGAGUACAUCAUCUGCCACUUCAUCCACUAGCUCAUCCGCAACAAAAAUUACUGAAUCUCCUUCAGCUACAGCGGCUGGCAUCUCGCCAAUAAAGAAGAAAUCAAAUAAAACAACCGCCAUUGCCUGUGGGGUGGCAAUUCCUCUGGGUCUUAUAGCACUACUAGGCCUUCUACUAUUGCUCUUCUUGCGCCGCAGAAAGAAUAGAAAUGCUAAUCAUGAUAACGAGAAAUCUCCUAGCAUCAGUGGCCCUGAUGUUAAUAAUCCAGCUAAUAAGCCAAAUCAAGCAAUUGUACCGCCCGUGAAUCCAUUUGAUGAUGACCAGUCAUCGAUUACCUCCAGCGCAAGAAGGCUGGGUGCAUUGAACGCAAUGAGGCUAGAUGAGGCUUCUGAUUCUGAAGCAUCAACGAUCAACGAAAAAAGAUCUUCUGUCGCUACUGAUGAGCUUUACCAAGACGCUCGGAGCACGGAAAAUCUUCUAAAGAAGCCGGACACCGAGUUCUUUGACCCCCAGAAUAGAUCUUCUUCGGUUUACAUUAAUAGCGAGCCAGCCAACCGUAAAUCAUGGAGGUAUCAGCUGAGCUCACCAACAAAAGAAAGCGUGAUGAGAGACAGUUGCAUAUCAACGAAUACUGUCUCUACAGCGGAACUUUUAAACACAGAGAUCAAAGACGGCCAAAAUAUUAAGAAGGAUCCGAGGAAAUCAACGCUUGGAAUCAGGGACUCCGUGUUUCUCAAUAACAACUCAAAAUCCCAGUCUUCACCUUCAAUGAAUGUCAGGCCAGGUACAAGAGAUUCGUCAGAAGGUGAUCAAUUACCCAUUUUGGAUGAGCAUAGUAAUGUCUCUCCAGAAUUGAAGUCUAACACAUGCGCUUCAAGCUCUUCCUCAGAUGAUUUCGUGCCAGUAAAAAACGGCGAGAACUACGAUUGGAUACAUCGCCAAAAGCCCGACAGGCAACCAAGCAACAAGAGGCUAGUGCAAACUCAAAAUCAAAGUAAAGUUGAUAUAGGCCAAGCGCACGAAGUUGAAGGUCAUUUCCCGGAGAAAAUAUGA